AUGCUACGAAGUUCCUGCCUCACCCAGCGGUGCUCAGUCGACUGUACGACUUUGAUUUUGGCUACGCAGAGGAAUUCUUCCACGCUCCGACUCGACGCCUUAUUACGACAGCAAAAGCCUUCUCUGAAGAGCUGA